AUGGUAGAAGUUAGUUCAGAAAUUGGGAAGAAAUGGAUUCAAAGAGAAAUUUCAACACUUUUACUUGGAGAUGUUUGUAUUAAAACACAUGUCAUGGAUACACGUCAAAAACUUUUGCUUUUGAGAAAGAUAAUCUUUGUUCACAAACAAUGCCAAAGAGUAACUCUUCAUGAAUCUUUGGGUGAAUGCAUGAACGUCAGUCUUCCACAAAUUUAUAUUUUUGCUAAACAUUAA